AUGCCUCGUUCUUCCGCUGGUUCCCGCGGCCGGGUUGAUUCUGCCGCAGCAGGCGACGCCCUCAAUUUGCCCCCACCGGACCUGGCGGCUGUGCAGGAGCUCAUUGAAAAGGCCAAGUCAAGGGCGCGGGCAACCACUACACAGGGGAAGGCCAACAAGGGAGGGAGGGAACCUGCUGGGCAGGCUCAGGACGCGCCAAGGUCUAACACUGACGCACUGAACGAUAAGUGUGGCCUCACCUCUGCACGUUUGGUGGACUUUGCGUGGGCUUUUGCUGUAACCUUCGUUACGGUGUACUUGACUGUGGCGGGGUACCUGCUGUACCGCCGGACUGUAGGGAGUUCUCAGGACUUCCCAUAG